UUCAGUUUCGGCUACUUUCAAGAUAUUGCGUCAGAAAUUGACGUGGAGGCGUGCCGCGCGGACGGUAUCGAAUUGGUGAAACGAAUGACCGGCGGUGGGACUGUCGUGCAUGGAUGGGAAUUAACCUAUACGCUGGUUCUCCCACGGGCUGCUGCAGAGAUGAGUAUUUCCGAGGCGUAUCAAUGCAUCGGACAAUCUCUCGUCAAGGCGUUUCAGAAACUCGGUGUCCCCGCGCAGUGCUACGCCGCGUGCCCCGAUUCCCCCGAAACUGCUCCAAAUAUCUGUUUGACGAAUCCUGCCGAGCAUGAUGUUAUGUCUGACGACAAGAAGUUAGCGGGUGUUUCUGUGAGGCGUAACCGAGACGGGAUGAUGUUUCAAGGGUAUAUCUCAUUGGAUAUGCCGCCUUCCUUUAUCCUCAAGCGCGUUUCAAAGGACCCAGAAAGCCAACAGAGCGUCCGCGAAAAGUCAACUGCUAUCAAUGUAGGUGGACGUUUUAUAACAAGAGACGCGCUCAUCCAAGCCAUCUGCGAAACAUUUGAAAUCGGAAUUGCGUUUAAUGCAGGAGAACUGUCAAUGAUGGAGCGAGCGCAGGCAGAAACUUUGUUUGAAACCAAAUAUGCCACAGCAGCGUGGAAUUUUGGAUGAAGGUAGAAUUAAAAAACCAUCAAAAACGUUAGCCCGUAAUGUAAUGGAGGGCGGGUUUAAGAAACGCACGUGAAAGCCUUAACUGCUGUCGUUUCUCCGCAAGGUAUAAUUAAAAAUGCUGUUCUUAUUCCACAGGGCGCGUUCAUCAUGGGUACCGAUAUUGAAGCGUUCUACGGCACUGCCUUAGCCAAUUCGGAGCACGCCAAACUUGAUGAAGCACCAAUGCACAUCCGUUUUCUGGAGGCAUAUCUCAUUGAGCAGUAUCCAGUGACCAACGCCGAGUAUGCUGCUUUCGUGCGGGAAACAAAUCAUCCGCCACCGCCACAUUGGAAAAACGGUGACUUCGCGCCUGAAGAUGCAAAUCUCCCAGUUGUUCGCGUGAGUUGGCAUGAUAGUCGCGCGUAUGCACAAUGGGCAGGCAAACGGCUACCGACAGAGGCAGAAUGGGAGAAAGCCUGCCGUGGUCCCGACGGACGGAUUUAUCCGUGGGGUAAUGUCUUUGUUCCUGACGAAUCUGAAUCUACAGAAACCCCUAUGGAGACUUCUCAGACUCUGACGGCACAUCUCACGCCUGUAGGCGUUCGUCCCGCCACAGUAAGCCCUUACGGAGUCGGUGACGCGGCAGGAAAUGUUUGGGAAUGGACUGCCGAUUGGUAUCAACUAUAUCCUGAUCCGAAACGUCCAACGCUUAAACAGCGGAUGGAUGAUAAACAUAAAGCCUUGCGUGGGGGGUCAUGGUUAGAAGUGCGUGAUGGCACAGCGGAACGCUAUUUUCGGUGUGCCAAUCGUUUACAUGCGCCGCCAGACUAUGUCGCCGGAAAUAUCGGUUUUCGCUGUGUGCGCGAGGUGCCACCCGAACAAGCCGAGUCGGUGCAUGUUCCUGUAGAACCACUUGCUGACUAUGUAAAACAGCGGAAGUUGAGUAAUCUGCGUCUCCUUCAAAAACGGACACAAAAGAACAGCCUCAAAGAUACGCUUAUUGCUGUCCUGCUCAUCGGGGCAGCAAUCUACGGUAUUGUGGUAAAUCCUGAGUUGGUGUUGGGCGGUAUAACCGCAGGUGUCGUCGGUAUUGGAUUUCUUUUUACUGCCAGUGUGAAUUUCUGGCGGCGGGGGCGUGCAGUAAAACGAGCAAAGCAAGUGGAGUCCGAAAGCUUCCUACCAUCUCAUUAGAGGUAUUUUUCGCAUUGACCGAAAUUUGAAUUCAGUGUAAACUUUUGCAAACUAAAGCAUCGCGACCUCAAGUCGCUUCUAUAGGGGAAAAAUGAUGAACCCGCUAUGUUUGGAACACUGUUUGACCGAAACAGAAAAACAGCAAUUUGAAGACAACGGUUUCCUUGCGGUUGAGGAUGCCAUCCCGCAAGAGAUGGUUGAUAAGUUGAUUGCCGCUGUUGACCGCGUCGGGGCAGAGCAUCUGGGCAAAGACGAACUUCCGCCCGAUGCACAGUUUAACCUCCUCGAUUUUGUCGGUAGAGACGAAAACUUUAUCGAACUGCUUGACUGGCACACGACCUUUCCGAAAGUCUGGGGAAUUUUGGGGUGGAACAUUAAACUCUACCAUUCACAUCUGAUUGUGCUACCGCCGCUCCCACCAGAAGAGCGUGAUAAAUCUAAACGCCUCGGUUGGCACCAAGAUAGUGGUAGACUCAAUUUUGAAAUGGAGGGUGACCCGCGACCGCGCGUAUCGUUGAAGGUAGCAUUUUUCCUCACCGAUACAUCUGUACCGGGUCGUGGCAAUUUCUCCGUGGUGCCGGGCAGUCACAAGUCGAAUACAUUGGAGAUGCCCGAUGACGCUACGACGGAUCCUGAGAAUGCAACGUCUGUAUUCGCUAAACCGGGGACAGCUGUCUUUUUCGAUCGCAGGCUCUGGCAUUCCGCAGGACGGAAUACCUCUGACAUCACCCGAAAAGUGCUGUUUUACGGCUACAGUUACCGAUGGUUGCAGCCACGCGAUGACAUGACGGUGGAACAUUACAUGGAAUGCUCUGAUCCGAUUCGUCAACAGAUUAUGGGCAAAAGUACGGGCGGACAUGGCUUUACAUCUCCCGGUGAAAAGGAUGUCCCACUUCGCGCGUGGAUUCAAGAAAACCUUGGUACUGAGGCAAUCGCGCGCUAA